AUGGAAGGUCCCCUUAGGUUUGGGUAUGAUGGUCCGCACAGCAGCAAGCGAGUGAUCCUAGAGGAAAGCGAGCAGAUUCCACCGAAGUCAGAAGCAGUUGUGUGGGCAAAGAUUGAUGGAGAUUGUGGGACAAACAAAUUGUGGGUUGUUGAAGCAACACAAAAUUCUACACCGGACGUACUUAUUGGUAAAACCCUGGCUAAGACACAAAAGGAUGGACGCAUCCCAGUUCGAGUGCUCAAUGAGUUCAAAUCACCAGUCAAACUCCGAAGAGGAACUGUACUGGGGCACUGUCGAGAGGUACAGGCAAUCUUCAACUGCGAAAAAUUACCUGAAAGCGAUUUCAUUGGCGAGAAUGACAUUGCGGAAGACAUUAGUGCAUUGACGGAAGGGUUGGAAGAAAAAUACCAGCACAAGGCUAAGGAACUUCUCCGCAGAUACUCCAACAUAUUCGACAAGGAUGGCGACAAACCAGGCAGGACUAACGUUGUGAAACAUCGCAUUGAUACUGGCGAUGCAAGGCCAAUCCGUCAAGCUCCUCGGAGUGUUCCACUUGCCAAACUUGAAACUGUUAGCCAAAUAAUAAAAGAAAAGUGGUUCUCAACACUCGACCUUAAGAGCGGUUAUAGGCAAGUGGAG